GCGAGCGCGCGGCAGCCGGAGCCCGGCGCCCGCGAGCCAAAGGCGCGGCGGCUGGACCGGGCGCGGGCCGCGGAGGCCAGAGACCGCCCGGGGCGGCGCUCGCGCUUUGUUCCCGCUCGGGCAGCCGGGCGGGCGAAGCGAGCGGCCGGAGCCGAGCCGGGGCAUGGCCCAGGCGGCCGCCCCGCGCGCCUCGGCCCCGCCGCGCGCCUGAGUCUGGCGCGGCGGGAGAAGACGGCAGGCGGAUCGCCCCCAAGUUACGGAGGCGGGGACCGAGUUCGAAGGAAAAGCCACUUCAGGAGCCAGGUCGCGACAGUGCGAUCUCCUCCGUCCGCCGGACCUCCGGACCCAGCGGACAGGAAGGAGAAGAAGGCUGCAGCGAUGCCCGACUCCCCCGCUGAGGUGAAGACACAGCCCCGGUCCACGCCCCCCAGCAUGCCACCCCCUCCACCCUCUGCCUCCCAGGGCACCACGCGGCAUCCCUCCUUCGCGCCCCACACAAAUCGAGAGGAUGGGCCUGCGAUGUCUCUGCCCCAUGGCCGUUUUCAUGGCUGCUUAAAAUGGUCUAUGGUCUGUCUUUUAAUGAACGGCAGCAGCCACUCGCCUACGGCCAUCAACGGCACCCCGUCCACGCCCAACGGCUUCAGCAAUGGCCCGGCCACCUCGUCCACGGCCUCACUGUCCACACAGCACCUGCCCCCAGCCUGUGGGGCGCGGCAGCUCAGCAAGCUCAAGCGCUUCCUCACCACCCUGCAGCAGUUCGGCAGCGACAUCUCCCCAGAGAUCGGGGAGCGUGUGCGCACGCUUGUGCUGGGGCUUGUGAACUCUACACUGACCAUUGAGGAGUUUCAUUCCAAGCUCCAGGAGGCCACCAACUUUCCACUCCGCCCAUUUGUCAUCCCUUUCCUAAAGGCAAACCUGCCCCUGCUGCAGCGGGAACUCCUGCACUGCGCCCGCCUGGCCAAGCAGACCCCUGCCCAGUACCUGGCCCAGCACGAGCAGCUCCUGCUGGAUGCCAACGCCUCUUCCCCCAUUGAUUCCUCAGAGCUCCUGCUCGAAGUCAAUGAGAACGGCAAGAGGAGGACACCUGACAGGACCAAAGAGAAUGGGUCAGACCGCGACCCGCUGCACCCUGACCCCCUCAGCAAACGGCCGUGCACCCUGAGCCCCGCCCAGCGCUACAGCCCCAGCAAUGGGCUGCCCCACCCCACGCCGCCACACUACCGCCUCGAGGACAUGGCCUUGGCCCACCACUCCCGUGACCCCUACCGCCACCCAGACCCCCGGGAGCUUCGGGAACGCCAUCGGCAACUCACGGUCCACGGGUCACGGCCGGAAGAAGUGAUCGACCACAGGCUCACAGAGCGCGAGUGGGCUGAGGAGUGGAAGCACCUCAACAAUCUCCUGAACUGCAUCAUGGACAUGGCCGAGAAGACGCGGCGGUCCCUCACCGUGCUGCGCCGGUGCCAGGAGGCUGACCGUGAGGAGCUCAACCACUGGGUCCGGCGCUACAGCGAUGCUGAGGACACCAAGAAGGGCCCCGCGUCCACCACAGCCCGGCCCCUCGGCAGCUCAGCAGGAGCAGAGGGGUCUCAGCUAGACGUGCACCGGGAGUUCAUGCCUAGGACCCUCUCCAGCUACAUGCCCGAGGAGAUCUGGAGGAAGGCUGAGGAGGCAGUGAAUGAGGUGAAGAGGCAAGCAAUGUCUGAGCUGCAGAAAGCUGUGUCAGACGCUGAGCGGAAGGCCCACGAGCUCAUCAGCACGGAGCGCGCCAAGAUGGAGCGGGCCCUGGCCGAGGCCAGGCGGCAGGCCUCGGAGGACGCCCUCACCGUCGUCAACCAGCAGGAGGACUCCAGCGAGAGCUGCUGGAACUGUGGACGCAAGGCCAGCGAGACCUGCAGCGGCUGCAAUGCAGCUCGCUACUGCGGCUCCUUCUGCCAGCACAAGGACUGGGAGAAGCACCACCACGUAUGUGGCCAGAGCCUGCAGGGCCCCUCGGCGGUGGUGGCUGACCCGGUGCCAGGACAGCCCGACGCCACCGUCAGCCUGGGCCCCUGCCUGCCCACGGGUGCUGCCAGCCCCAGCGAAGCGGGCUCCACAGGGCCAUCUCGCCCAGGCUCCCCUGGCCCGCUGGACGCUGCGCCCCGCUGACCCCUCCCAGACCCGCCGCUCGGCCCACGGACAUGCGCCCACCAACCCCGCCCGGCCCCGGUUGCCGGAUGCUUCGCCGGGCCCUGGGAGCCCGACCAUUGGAGUCACUGCUGCUACUGCUUCUCUCCAAAAGAAAACACAGAACCAACAAAAACUGCAUUCAACGCAACUUCCUCAGCUACCUGAUGAUCUCACGCAACAACCUCUUCAAGCAUCCUCAGAACCUCCCACUGAGCUUUAGACAACGGAGCAGAGCGGACACCGGCUGGAACACCACCGGCUUGUCCCCUGCCCUUCCUCCUCUCUCUCGCUCUCUCCUCCCCCCUCCGCUUCUUUCUGUCUUUAUGACUUUCACACUUUCUCUUUAAUGAAAAAAACUAAUUACUGGGGGGCUUAUAUUUUCAGUGAAGAAUUUUGGGGGAUUUAUGGCAAAAGAGCUUCUCAGAAAUGGACAAAGAAAACUUUGGGGGGCUUUCCCCUUCCUGAUUAAAAAGGGAAAAAGAAAACUGUUAUUUUAUAGCCGGAGAUCUGAGCCUCUGCGUCACCGAAACUACCCCAGGGGUAGGUGCGUGAUUCGGUGAAGACAGUAAGAAAGACUUCAGUUUCUGACCCAAGAAGCAUUUUUGGUUUCAGUUUUUUUUUUUCCUUCAAUGUCAAACUCUUUGGCUUUAAGUAGAAAUCCAAAAAGUUUUUUUAAAAAAGUAAAGGAAGCAUACCUGUAAACUACCUUGCCAGCUAGCCAGCCAAGGAUGCCGCACACACCUCUGCUCCAAAGGAAAUCCAAAAAGCAAACAUGAGAAAUCAAAAUCCAAAAUUUGUUUGUCACUGCCAAAGUAUUUUUUUCACUGUUUUACUCCACUCUUGGGUUUGUUCAGAUGUUGGUCUUUUCUUUCAAUUCUGUUUUUAGAGUUUGGGAUAUUGGGGCUUGGAGGGUUUUGCCCACCAAGAAGCGACUUUUGUUUCUUUUCGACUAGAUGGCAGCACAUUGCUGGGCACAGGGUGGUGAGCCUUGUGGCCUCAGCACCCCGCCCGCCUUGUGCGAGAGAGUGCGUGCGUGUGCGCACGGGGCGCGCCCAGCCAUGUGUCACACCACGUGUGCAGGGAAGACACCUCCAUCUGUCCUCACGCCCUCUGUGAAUUCUCAUCACAUUUCAUUUCUUCCACUUGUGAAAAAAAGUGCUAACGUGUCCUUCCCAGAGAGAGCAUAAUUCUGAAACAAAACUGUGACAAUCUUUCGGGUUGAUUCUUGAGUGCUUUUCAAAGCACAAGGAGACAGCAACUGCACCUGUAACGACUGCUUCUCCAUUUUUCCUCCUCUACCUCUUCUCCCCUCCUCAAAGCCGCCCUACCUAGCUCGUCUUUGCCCCGUCACCGCCUACCCUCAGUGUCCCCCAAACCUACUCUUCGUUCUUCACACUUUUGCAGAAAAAGAAAAAAACUACAAACAACAGCCUGCCCUCUCCACACCUUCUGAAGACUUAGUCAGCUGUGUAUAACCUCACUCUUCUGUCCAGCUGAUCCUCAGGGGGAAUGUCCCCUCACUCUAGCUCUGUCCCCCCUACCCAACUCAAGGCCCCCAGCAAUCUCAAGGAGGAAAUAAAGGAGUGAGGAAAUUCUCGCCUGUACUCAAUGGGAGGACAAACAGCAGCAUGGUCCACGAUCUGGCAUUUUCUUGCAUCGCUGUAAGAAGUUCCCAGGACUGGAGUGCAAUAUGGAGAGUGACCAGCUACUGAAACCGGGGUUCCUGGGGGGCCCCACCGAGAGGCAAGAAGUUCAUAGUGUACGUUAAUGUGAAUGUAUAUAGUCCUUGCAGAGGUCCAAAUAAUGAUACUCAUGAUGAUAAUAAAGAAGAAAUGUUUGCCAAAUAAAAAAAAAAUUAAGAGAAACUGCAGAAGUAUGUAAAGUGUAGGAAAUCGACUUUCAGAGAAAUCUGACCUGUGGUCCUACGGGGAGCAAUGGGUUUGUUUGAUUACUGUUAUUUUUUUUUUCAGAGUUGUAAGAAUUCACUUUCUGAGUAUUGAAAAGAAAGAUCCCAUCUGGUUGCCACAGACCGGGUGCCGUCCCGAAUCACACCCGACAGUGAAAACCUAAUUCCGAAAUAGACCUAAUUCCGAAAUAGGUCUAUCUUACCCUCCAGAAAGUUCCCCAUUCCAGCCGCCAUCUCUGUUGCCUGGAGCGUGGGUCCAUCAGCCUCUCAGAGGUUUGCUUUUGUGGAUUUCAGAAAAGCAAGGACCUGUUUGGGAUUUGGGCUCUCGAGACAGCGGAGGCCCGCCUGUUUCCAGCCUGCUGUGUUUCUCUCUUGUAAGCAUUGGGCCUAUUAAAACUGCAGUUUUGGACAUGCGGCGAAAUGGGUUUCCCUCCCCUUGGAGGUGGGCGCUUCGGACUCUGUUCCCACAAGGUUGUGCUGUCAAGCGGGAUGUCUGGAGAGUGUGUGCCCUGGGAAUGCUGGGGGUCUCAGGGAGGAGGGCUAAGACUCCUAAUCACACAUCCCUACUGCGUGGACUUAGGGGUGAGGCUGCUGGUCUGAGGCAAGUCACAGAGGAGCCCCUCAUCUGGGCGGGCCUCUGUUUGCCUCCCCCUUGCAUGGUCCCCCUUUGGGAACAAGCAAGUAUGCCAAGGACACUAGCACAUUGGCCAGCUGGCAGUGUCCAGGCCAGACCACCCUCCAGGGCUGGACCAUGGGCAGAGGGCCCGAGGUGGGGCAGCCCUCCCACCCUAGCUAUUGGGAAGAGGGUGCCCUCAAGCCAGCUAUAAAAAGCUUUCCUGGUAUGGUCCUCACAUGCAGAUCCCAAAUACCCAGAAGCCACCACUGGCAGGUCUGCAGAAACCUAGCAUUAGAGGCUGGCCACAGGCCCAUGGACAGCCCCUGCUGGCUGAGAGCGCCCUCAGGAAUGGGAUGGCGGCCGGUGGGUGGAGCUGGCAGUGAGAAAGCCAGGCCUGAGUGCACAGGAGGGGAUGACCUGGUGAAGGCAGCUCCUCUCGCCCAGGGAGCUCUGAGGGAGGCGCUGGGGCACUGGGUCACAUUUAGGGAGCUGACGGUUCUGUCGGUCACAGCGCUUAGGCCCCAUCUGGCCAAAGACCUCACAACCAAACAUGGAAUCAGUAGCUUUGCGGGGGGAAGACUAAUGGCGCUAAACAUGAAUGUUGAUGCAACACCUGUGCCCGCAACUGGAGCACCUGCCUUUCUUCUGCAAAGGGGCUGUAGCCUCCUGCUCUCUGCUCAGAGGCCAGGCCAUCUUGCCCUGGUACAUCCUGAGCUUACAGACCAUUGGCCAAGGGUGUGGCAUGCAAGCGUCUCCUCCCCACAAGUAACCGCCAAGAUCCGACACACAGGUGACCCAAAAGCUCUGUGAGAUGCAGCUGCUGGAAGAAACUCCUUCCCCACAAAUCAAACCAAAAUGGCAGCUUUACCUCUCCUGUUCUGGGGCCAAAACUAUGACAGGAAGGCAGCAGCCAGAGCCCACAGGCAGGGGGACAGCACCCUGGUGUGUGACCCUCAACCUUUCCCAUCCCCUCCUCUUGUCGUCUCCUUAUUUUCCGUCCUGCCCUGGGCCCAGGCUGGUCUCCCUCUUAGGCUGUGUCGCCAACCCAGGGUGGUGUCUGGGGGGUAUUUUGUUUGCAAAGACCAGCGUCUCCCAUUCCAUGCACGGGCCGGCUGGCGCACCCCAGACCUCAUCCGAAUAGAGAGGGUUCCCAUUCCCAUGGCUCACCAGGACAUGGGGAAGCCUUGGGUGUUACCAGUGGCAAAGAGAAAAGCUGGAGAAAGUCUCAGUGGUCCCGGGGGGUCAGGGCUGUAGGACAAGGGAAGCUGGCCUCCCAGGAGGGGGUUGGCCUGUGGGUUCGGCAGUGGAGCUGCUCAUCAGGGCCCCGAGAGGUCCCAUCGCUGAGGGAGAUGGGCGGGAAAGGGGCAGGGCAGUGUUGGCUUUGGAGUCAUCCCAACAGCGUGGUGAAGAGAGAUCAGCUCAGGCCCUAGCUUUCGCCUGUUUGCCAAUUUUUCCAAAUAUAUCCUCAAAAUGACACCAAAGCCUUGUCUCUGUCAUCCACCCAUCUUGCCUGUCCAGCUCACUCGAGCAACAUGUCCAGCCAUUAUUCUGCCCAUUUCCUCAGGCCAUGUACAAUUAUUUAUUGAUUCUUUUCUUUCCUCAGUUCAUCUUCUGACCAAUCCAGUCAUCUGUGUGGCCAUCCAUUAACCCUCUCACCCAUCCACCCGCUCACUCCCCCAUCCAUUCGUCCGGCCAUCCAUCCACCAUCUAUCCACUCAUUAUCCACUUAUCCACCCACUCACCCACCCAUCUCCACAUCCAUCCAUCAGUCCAUCUACUCUAUCCCAGCUAUCACUUGAUCCCAUCCUCCCCCAUUCAUCCUUUUACCUAUCCAGCUCCUCUCCACCAUUCACCCUUACACAUACCAUGCAUGUGUCCAUCCAUCCUCCGAUCUAACCCACACAACCAUGCCUCAACCCGUCCACCCAUUCACCUCUGCAUCCACUGAACCCAGUAGCACGGCCAGCCCCUGCUGUAUUCCAAAGCUUCGAGGGUGCUUGGAUCUUCCCAUGACCUUAGCUGCCCUAAAGGAACCUGCCUAUGGGCACAGCCGCCCCCUCCCAGUGCCCCAGUUAUUGUUCCAGGCCUGCUCCAGAGACAGAUAAGUUUCUGUUGCAGGUAUUAUGGGCAGGUUGGAGCAAAGUCCUAACAAUAGCUCUGGCCAGUCUGGGCCCACCGUGGGCCAGGAGUGUGAGUUGAGAGGUAGCCCACACACCCACUCAGGAACCCUGUGACCAGAACCACCAGUCAGGGUGAGCACAUUCCCUGACAAGAACCCCGACACUGUGGGCUGGGGCUGCCUCUCCUCUCCUUGCCUCCAGGGGUCACUGCCCCCAAGGAAGUGUCCCCAGGAAAGGAGAAGGGGAAGAAAAAACCCAAUGCUGGCCCCCAACCCAGACACCAGCUCCUGGAGCCCCUCUUCUCCCCAAGCGCUCACGGUCACCCUGCCCCACUCCCUCUCCCAUCUUCCACCCUGGGGUCCUGGACAGAUGGGAAUUUGCUCUUCGGAGCGCUGAAUGAUGCAGGAGCAGACCCCGCCCAGGCUGAAUUUGGCUGAUGGUGAUAAGUGUUCUGGGCACCUAGAGGCCCCGUAGAGGCCCCCUGCCCACUUCUCCCCAGCGGUCUGUUUCCACAGCCCUCAGGCUCCCACGCCACACAGGGCAUUUUCCAAAAAUGGGGGUGGAGGGCCCGGGAUCGAGGUCCUGGGUUAGGCUCUGCUGGCAGGAGAGGAGGGAGAAGAGGAAAGCAGAGGGGGUGCAGGAGCUGGACUCUGAGGACAUGUCUGCUCCCUGGACACCUCGCAGAUAAGGCCUGGGGGAGCUGGGUGUCUGCGACAGCGCCUGUACUGGUCCCCCUAAGUUCCAGAAAACACCAUCUUGCAUGCUUCCGUUCCUUCUCUUUCAACUGGCCCCUGGAGCACCACCCCAAAUACCCCUUGUAGCAGUAAUGCCAUGUUAGGACUCCAGGUGGAGCCUGGUUUUUAAAUAUUAGAAUGAAGGCAUUGGAUGCCCUUGCUCCCAAACUGGGCCGGGGCCCAGCCAGGCCAGUCGUCAGCUCACCCACUGCAUCCCUGCGUCCUUCGCAGGCCAAGGGGUUCGGGCCGUGGGAAUGGGGCUUGGGCACAGCCUCUCACAACCUCGUGGGGAACACAUUGGUUUUCCACUUCUUCUUCCUCCUCUUCCUCUUGUUCUUUUUUUUUUUUUUUUUUUCCUUUUUUUUCUAAUUCCCCAAAAGGAGUUGGACAGUGAGUGUUGGGUCGUUUUUCCUGUAACGGGUUUCCCUUGCGCUGUGUAGGAUCCGUGGCAUGCCGUCCCUGUCGCGUGUCCUCUGAUGUACUCUGUUUGACCUGGACGCUGUAAGAUGUUACUAUUCAGGUCACGUCAGUUACCUCUGUGUUGUGUA